UUUCCAUGAUAAAAUCUUCGGUCCACCUCCCCAUACGCCGUCACAUCCUCCGAACGCGGACGCGUCUCACAUGGACCCUAAAGGUCUGCCCUGGCUGCCGCUCCCUCUCCCUCUCCCGGAGCUAUCAAACCUCCAAGUCUCAAAAACAAAUUGCCGUCGACGCCAGCCGAAUCGACGCGCCGCUCGACGCAAAGCCACGGCCAUUCGCAGUCGAGCGCAUCGGGGGCCGUGAAUGCCAUGUCUCAUGGGGGGAGGGCGGCGUGGCGAAGGAAUGGCGUGAGCUUCCUGUCCCUGCUCACGGUCGGGAGCAGGAUGUAUCGAUGAUGGCGUCCUUCACGGGCAGGUUCGCGUCUUGGCUGCGGCAGAUGUUCUUGCCAACCAAUUACCCGCAGUCUGUGCAUCGCUCGUACUGGUGGUUCCACGUGCUUCAGUUUGUCGAGGGCAUGGCGGGGACCAUCGUCUCAGUGCUCUGCAACCAGGCGCUGCUGUCGGCUGUCGGCGUAAGCGCGGAGGGAAGCAUCUUCGGCGCCGUCGCGGUGCAGUGGAUCAUCAAGGACGGCGCGGGUGAGAUAGCCAAGCUGUUCUUCAUUCGGCGGUUCUCGCCGUUCUUCGACAGCCACCCGAAGACCAUUGCGUUGUUCGGUGAGGGCGUCAUCGCGUUUGGCAGCGCCCUGCAGAUGGCGACGGUGCUGGUGCACCCCACUCCGACAAGCUUCCUACUGUGUGCAGCUGGCGGGAACAUCUUCAAGCUCGUCGGGUACGCUAUCUGGUCCACAACCCACAUGAAGUGGAUGCGCUACUUCUCGCUGCAAGGCAACAUGGGCGACGUGGCUGCGAAAGAUGAGUCGCAAAACUCCCUGGCACAGCUGGUCGGCUACGUUGGAGGCAUUGGGCUGCUGACGCUAUCCCACUCGCCUGCGUACCUCUAUGCGCUCUUCAUUAUCUUGACACCCAUCCACCUCGCAUCGACGACGGGAAUGAUGCAGCUGGCGACGUUCGAGCUGCUCACGCUGCCGCGCCUGAGCUUGCUCGCGCAGGGGUACGCCUCUGGGGGCGAGCAUGGCAGCGACGGCAGCAUCGUCACGCUGAGGGAGAUGGACGAGGCGAGGAGCACCGGUCCGUUUGGCGAGUUCUUCAAGCGGAAGAGCGAUAGGUUCAUCGACCUCGCGCCGAGGGUCGCGGAUGCGGUGGGCAGCGACGCGGAGCGGGAGCCCGUGCGGUGGGAGAUAUGCACGGGAGUCUUGCAGCACGAGAAAUACCUUUUGUAUCCCUCGCUGUCUUCCAGAGAUCGGUCGAUCGCGGUGUUCUACCAUCCCAUUCACGCCAAAGGCGGCAGCUGACCAU